AUGGUUGGCUUGGAAAGCGGUAAGAAUGUUGAGAAAGGAGGACCUGAAAUAACUAGGUUGGUAGCUGAUGAUAGGGAUAUUCAGCAGCAUGAAGGCACGAAUUUGAUGCUGGCCGAAGGGACGGGCAAAUCUGGUGAAAGAUGGGAAUCUAAUUCGGUACGCAUUCGAGAUGGAUCUAAGGGCUACCUCAGCCUGACUUUCGCGGAGCACGAGGGUGAAUUCUUUGGGAAAGGGUCUCGGGGCAGCAAUGGUGAUCACGCUCAAGCAAAAUUUAAUCCCUUAGAAGCUAGCAUCGUCGCCUCGGAAUCCGAGGAUUAUCGCUGUUUCUUCUUAUCCCUUCCUCCCGUGUUGUCGUCCCAUCGCCGCGGCGCGGGGGAACCCCCGGCGUGCGCGUCAGGUGUCGAGGCUGCACUUGCCGCGUCCUUCCUCGAGCGCGGCCGCGCGCACCAUGGCCCAGUGGUGCAGCUGCGGGGCGCAGGCGAGAGCGGGCUGCCCCAGCUGCAGGCGCCCCAGGAACAGGAACUCGCCCGGGCCGUGCGCCGCGCCGCAGCGCGCCGGCAGCACCAGCCGGAGGGAGAGAGGUGGGGUUGGGGGUGGAGGGAGGAGGAGCAGGAGAAAUCGUCGCGGCGCCCAUCCAGCGCUGCACCUGCCGCCGACGGCCUUGCGCUGCCACGUGGAGCGAAGGACGCUGUACGUGUACCCCAGGAGAAGGGGGAGGAGGGCGGGAAUGGAGAACGCGGUCGCGUGGAAGGAAAUAAUCAUAAAAUAGGUUGCCUUGAUCUUGACAAGCAGAAGGAGGUUGUGGUUGUUGUAAAGGCCAACACUGAAGAAGAAGGCAUUAAUUAUUCGCAUAUGGAGUACUUAAGAAACAAGCGUUCAAUUACAACUAAAGAAUAUCGGGCCCGAAAAGAAUACCUAUUCAGUCCAAAUAUGAGUGUAAUAAAUGUCGUAAUGGACACGGCGUGUAUCAACGACCGACUGAUAACUGUCAUCGCGUGCCCCAUGUGCCUGAAAUCCAUGCGAAGUACCAUCCUGCAGUGCGAAAACGGACACAACGUUUGCUUCGACUGCCGACAGUCUUUACCAGCUUGCCCCUUCUGCAACGAGUACUUCUCCGGCUUGAGAAAUCUCCUCGCCGAGCAAAUCAUCUCCAACCUUUUCCUCGAGUACUGCGAAAACGGGAUUCGUGGUUGCAGAGCCCUCGUCCCCGCCGACAGAGUGCAACUUCACAGAGCCACUUGUCCCUACAGGCUCAUGUUCUGCUGGAUUUGCAGGAACGAUGUAGCCUUCAACAAGAUAAUGAUCCACUUCCACAGGAAGCAUCCCGACAACGUCAUUAAAAACGGCAUGAGCCGAGUGGGGGCAAGAAUAAGACAAGGUAGAGGAAGGAAAGGUCUCGCGCUGUCCCUGGCUCGUUUGAUAGGAUACUGCUUCGGCAUUCGCCUGGUGUUGAUCGGAGAAAUCACGAUAAACUACCGACCAGAGCAGCCGGCCGCAAGAAUUCUCCUCCAGACAGCGUCUGAAUUCACCCUAGUUGACAAGCUACUGUCGAAAAUCCUGCCACAGCCUGGACCCGAACCCUACAACCUUCCGAUCAGAGCCACUUUUCAAGCAUCAUUAGACAACAUAUACACUAACGAUUAA